CGCAGUCCACUCGUAGAUUGUCAGUCAGGCUCUCUCAUUGUCCUUUCUCUUCGCUUACGACUAAAAUCGUGAGGAUCCUGUCUUCUCUCAGGUUGUAUGUUCCCUUUCAACUAUCAGUGUGGGUUCGUCUUCGUUGUUGUUGUUGUUGUUGUUGUUACAGUGCAGCAUUGUGAUAGUGAGAGUGGGGACUUGGAAGAUUGAAUACAUGUCUGUGUGAAGUGGAGGUUGCAUAUCUCCACACUUGAAUCCCGUGAGGAGAUUGAAGGAAUUAGUUGAAUCGCGCAGCAAUGGCCAGCUGUGGUGGUCGUGGCGCGAGGUCGUGGAUUCGCGGCAACCUCAUUGGUGCCGGGACGUUUGGGACGGUGAACCUGGCGGUGAACCGCGAGGACGGGGAAGUGUUUGCGGUGAAAUCAGUGCGGGUGGAGCAGGGUAGGAUGGACGGCGCGGCGCAGCCUUCAUUGGAGGCGCUGGAGAAUGAGAUUGAGAUUCUGCAGAGUCUGGAGUCGAAGUAUGUGGUGAGGUGUCUGGGGAGUGAUUGGACUGAGGAGGGCGGGAAGGUAAUGCGCAAUGCGUACUUGGAGUACAUGCCGGAGGGAUGCCUGACAGAUUUUCUGAAGCAGUUCGCGGGGGCGGAGGCGCCCCUGGAUGAGCAUUUGAUCCGGACGUACACGCGGAGCAUUGUGCAGGGGAUAGACUACUUGCACAGGCAGGGAAUCGUGCACUGCGACAUCAAGGGGAAGAACAUUUUGGUGGGCAACGGGAACGUGAAGCUGACGGACUUCGGAUCCGCGAAGAGGGUCGGCGUCGGGGGCGAGGGGAAGGUGGACGGCGGGGAGUCGUCGGCGUUCGCGAAGGUGAACGGGACUCCGCUGUGGAUGGCGCCGGAGGUGGUGCGGCAGGACGAGCAGGGAUUGGCAUCGGACAUCUGGUCGCUGGGGUGCACGGUGGUGGAGAUGGCGACGGGGAAGGCGCCAUGGAGCGAUCUGCCGAACCCGUAUGUGGCGCUGUUCCAGAUUGGGUGCACGGAGGGGAUUCCGGCGGUGCCGGCGAGCCUGAGCGCGGAGGCACACGAUUUUUUGGGGCACUGCUUUCAGAGGGAUCCUCGGAUGCGGUGGACGAGCAGUCAGUUGCUGGAGCAUCCAUUUCUGACGACCCGGCACGUACCUCGGGCGAUGGUGGUGAAGGAAGAGGAGGAGGGUGUUGUGAGAGCGGAGUCUCCUGGGAGCGUGCUGGAGAACAACGGGCGGUCAGCGAGCAGCGGGUUUUCAUCGGUGUUCAGGAGGUCGGUGCCAAUUCUGACAAUGCCGUCAUUUUUGAAGCGGGGGCUGGUGAGGGAAGCGAAGGAGGAGGAGACGGGAGGGAGUCGGGGAUGCAGUGGGUUUUCGAGCUCUCAGUUCGAGAUGCCAAUGGAGGGAGAGUGGAUCGUGGUGCGGUCGCCAUUGGCGUCUCCGCGAUCAGCUGAUCCCACGCAUCAUGAUUGUGCAGUGUUACCGAUCACCGCUGCGGUUGAGGAAAUUUUAUUGUCGAUCAAAGAUGAAAUUGACUCAGCUGUGCAGUCACAUGAUAGUAAUGCAGUGAAAUCAACUUGCUCUACAGAUUUUCCUCUGGACCAAUGCCAAUGUGUUGGGAGCAUUGAACCAGAAUUGGCUGAGCGUCAUGGCGUCGAGGAAAUGAAUGUAACAUCGAGCUGUGUUAGGAGUUGUACAGAAGAUUGCGAUGAAGAAAUGUGUUGGAGGGAUGACUCUGAGGAAGUUUCUCGGAGUUGUAUAUAUGGGUCAGGAGUACAUGAAGACGCUUGUUCCGUUAUGAAUUUGGAAUCCGACGUGGAAGUGGUAGACAAUGUGCCGAGUGCAUCAGCGGAAGAUGGCGGUGAUGUGCCCAGACUACCAUUGUUGAGAGCGUCUGUGAUUGAGUGUCAGGAAUGUGAUGUGAAGUCAAGGUUUUCCUAUGUAUUUCCGCAAAUGAACUCGGUGCAUUUUGGAAUCUCUGUGAUGGAGUUUACUAGUUCCAAUUUGGAUGUUACAGUGCAGAAGUCACUGUUUUUGUGGCAUAGCUCGGAUGGGGGCUAUGGUCACGAGUGGAUUGAGAGGUGGGACUGGAGCAAUGUAUAUAUGAACAAUGUGAAUAUAGGAAAAACUGUCUCUUGGAAGUUUUGUAUAGUGUUUCUACAUUGCAAUAAAAGCUUCGUACUGAAGAAGAUAUGGAACAUACUUCUCUUCACUGAGGAGAGUGUGCACCAGUUGUGUUUGUUUUCCUUCCGUCUUGUAUCCGCAUCGGUGAGGCCCAGGCUGUUGGACAUUGAGGUCGUUGGCCAAGUUUUCAGAGACGAGCUGAAACACGCAGUUCCAGCACAUCCUAGCAAGGAAAUGGAGCAAUCCCUUGUUCCAAAACCUUCAACGAAGACUGAGCAGCUUGGGCACAAUCGGAUGGCCUCGACGACACAAAGGAACCCAAAUCCAAAGUCGAACAUGGAUAAAAAGGGUAAACAGAGCCCUCUUCACAUGCUCCAGACUGCAGGAAGCUCCUACAUUCGCUCACCUCGAAAAGCCAUCGCUGCGGUGGUUAAUGAUUUCAUCAAGAGUGAGGCGUCAUUUGUUCCGACGGAUGCGCUUUAA